AAUAUGGCGAGAAAUAUUCGGUCCUCCGAAAUUCGAAGAAGUUCUGCGGCUGGCUUGAAUGCAGCUUCGCAGAGACCACCACUGCCUCCGAAAACCGAGAAUCGCUAUCACAGCUGCGAGGGACUGCUCAGGGAUGACAACAAACAACCCACUGAAGGACAAGAUCACGUAGAUUCAAAAACCGCUGCCUCAAAAUCUGCCGAAAGUACGCCCGAACCGGUCAAAUCAACCGAAGAGUCUAUAAAAGCCAAAAACCGACGAUCUCGCAGCAUGGAUGACUUGUUCGAUGACGAUCGUAAUCUGACGGACUUUCUCGAAAAUACACAAAGCAUGGAGAACCUCGCAUCCGAGGCGCCCCCUAGCGAACCACAGUCUCCGGUAAACGUGUUGGGUAACAUAUGCCUUAAUCGUCGAUUCGUCGAACCUGCCGUCGAACCUGAAGACAUACCGGAUCCUCGCGUGGAUACAGCCUCUCCUGAAUCAUGCGGCGAACAACCCUGUGAGAACGAAACCAUCACCGUGGAUAGCACUCCGCGUGCGGAGCCUCAAAGCGAGGAUAAAACAUCGCCUGAAGACGACGUGCUAUCGACAAACUCGUCUCUGAACUCGUUCGCCUCGGCCAGUGAUACAACUUCGACGGCCAAGAAGACGAACACGCCUUUUAUCAAUAGAUACGUCAAAAAGGUGAAAUCGCUAAUGAAGAAAUAGGCCUCGUAUCUCUAUCUCGAAUAUCUGAGCAACAAGUAUCCAAUUCUCCACAAGGAAAUCAUCUGAGACCAAACGAAAGUUUUUAAAAUUUUACUGAAAAAAAUAUUGUGAUCAAGUAGAACUACUAUUUUAGGGAAGAUAAGUAAAUAAGGAUUACAAACCUUACAUAAGUAAAUUAAGAGUGUAAAUAGUACAGCAAAGAUGUAUGCUUUUCAUUACUUUUCUGAAAGUUUUACUGUACCUGUUCGGUUUUUUUAAUAACAUAAACAAUUUCAAUAUUUUUAUCUUGAUGAAAACUACAGCGUGUAAACAGGUAUUUAGGCUGGAUCUAACAAAAUGUGAUUGUUUCGCGUUUGAGCGAGCGAUGUAAAGGAGUAAAAUAUAUUAUUUUAAUCAUUACGAGUUUAGCCACAUACUAUAUUUAUAAAUCAGGAAAAGCAAAAAACAUACACAUUUAAACGCCUGCGUAAGAAAUAAUUCUUAUUUUCGAUAUUUAUGCCCUCACAUAAUUGUGUCACUUUUAGAAUAGCACACAUAAUUACUGUUGAGCGAAACUCUAUUACGAUGUAUAUGUCACUAACUGAGUACUAUUUAUGUUUUUAGCGAAUAAACAGCUAUUAUUGCUUACGUACACAGUCUAAUCUCAAAGGGGUUGAAUGUGUACGACUGUAAGCUAAGAAUGUAACGAACUACUGCUAUAAGUGAAUACAUUUAUUGAUUAUGCAUAUACAA